AGCAUAUGAUUAAUCCCUAUUAAAAACAACUUUAGGCGUAUUCCUUUUACGUGAUAAUUUUUGUGACGAGUGUUAUUGUAAUAAUGGAAACGACAACCGUCGUCGCUCCUCUUAACAGUGAUUUCCGGCCUGAACGAGUAUAAGAGGUGCCGAUAUCGCGGCGGUCACUUUCGAUUGAUACAGAUCCGCCGAAGCCACGGCCAUCCUUGGCCGCGAGCGAAAAGGUGAAAGAUUGACCCAAAAUUUCACCACCCAAAAAUAAGUGCGUGCGUAUUCCGCAAGGUACCGUCCUGGACCGCGUUCGAAAAUAGAGGUGACGCGGCCGUAGAUCUACGUGACGGAACUGCGGAGAGAAACCGGGGAUUUCCGAUUUUCGAACGCCCUCCUGCGCGGGCAGUGUCCUUCAAAGUGGGGGACACAAAAAGAUGCACUAUAUAACCGCGAGGGUACUUACGAAACGGUAUCAAAAACUUCCGGUACCUAUAUCGGGUAACGUUGGGUACCCGAACCGCAAAAAACAUCAUGAAAAUUUUCGUGAUAACUACUGCCUUGGUGGCCAUAAUCCAAGCUCGUCCGGAACCACCUUCUGGAUACAGCUACCCCGUGCCAGCGGGCGGCGGUCUGGACGUCUCUCUGGGCGGCCCCAGCAUCGGAGGUAGCCACGGAGUCUCGAGCAUUUCGCUCGUAUCUUCCGGAGGCUCUGGUGGUUUUAGCGGAGGACACGGCAGUUUAGGUGGUGGCCAUGACAUCUCUGGUAUCAGUUUGACUAGCGGAGGUUCGUCCGGUUUCUCCACCAGUUCGUCAUUCUCUUCCGGCUAUCACGGUAGCAGCGGAGGAUCUUCUUUGCUUUCCGGCGGAGGCUCUUCCAUAGGCGGAGGCUCUUCCUUUGGCGGAGGCUCUUCCUUUGGUGGAGGUUCUUCAUUUGGCGGAGGUUCUUCCUUUGACGGUUCGGGCUUAGGUCUUGGCGGGGGCGGAACUCUUGUUCAGAAGCACAUCUACGUUCAUGUCCCUCCACCGGAGCCGGAAGACUUUAGACCACAAAGGAUCAUUCCAGCCGUUCCCGCCCAGAAACAUUACAAAAUUAUCUUCAUUAAGGCUCCGGCUCCGCCCACACCGACCGUUCCCGCCAUUCCCUUGCAGCCGCAAAACGAAGAAAAGACCUUGGUGUACGUUUUGGUGAAGAAGCCCGAAGAUCAACCCGAAUUGGUCAUACCCACGCCUGCACCAACGCAGCCCAGCAAGCCCGAAGUUUACUUCAUUCGCUACAAGACGCGUAAAGAGGGCGGCGGUGGCGGUUUUGCUCUGGGCGGUGCCUCACUUUCCGGAGGAGGUAUUUCCGGAGGAUCUAUAUCUUCAAUCAAUGGUGGAGGCCUUUCUGGAGGAUCGUCGCUGGGCUUGGGAUCUUUUGCCAGUUCUCACGGUAGCAGUAGCUCGUUCGCAAGUGCCAUUAGCUCGUCGUCUAGUUCUAGUUCUAUAUCGGGAGGUUCGUCAGGUUUGUCCACUAGUUACGGACCGCCGGGACACGUCAGCGGCGCCCCGGUGGGGCCUUAUUAGGACAUUAACCGGUCGAGAAAGUGAUGUAGGGUUCAAGAAAAAGUGGUGCGCUCUACCCCAGAUGAACCGUGAUAUUAAUUCGUUUUGUAUUCUCAUUUGUACAUAUGCCAUCGCUAGCGUUUAAGUUAUUUUACGUAUUCGUUUUUUUUUACUGUUAUACGGUGACAAAUAAAACUAAU